ACAGACAAGAUGCCGAAUACUAUACUGUGGCUCGCUUGGUUUAUACGUCGAGUUUGUGUAUUUCUUUCUGUAAAUUGUUGAACUUUUGAGUAUGGAAGUGAUGGUAUAAAAAUAUGAAAACGUAGCUAGAUUAAGAUUAUUAUUUUAUAGACCAAUUUGGUAUUUUUAUAGGUAAUACAUUAAAACAUUAAACGCUUCCAAGAUGAUGGCUGGAAAAGUGAUGCCCGAAACGGAAGAACAAAAUAGAAUAAGAUUUCAAGUUGAGUUGGAAUUUGUUCAGUGUCUGGCUAAUCCUAACUAUAUACAUUUUUUGGCUCAGCGAGGAUACCUGAAAGAGGCCACAUUCAUAAACUACAUUCGUUACCUACAAUACUGGAGAGAACCAGAGUAUGCUCGCUACCUGAAGUACCCCAUGUGCCUUCACUUUUUAGAGCUUCUGCAGCAUGAGGCAUUUAGAAGAGAAUGUGUGUCAGCACAGGUCUGCAAGUUCAUGGAUGACCAAGCUAUUUUACUGUGGCAACACUACACGCGAAGACGCACGCGCACACUGCAGCCGCCCGACGCCCCCGCGCCGCCCGCUCCCCCCGCGCCUCCUCAGCAGGGCCCACCGAGACAGCAGUCAUAGACCACAAGUCAGUUAUGAAUACUAUAUGAAGACAACACUUUGGACUUUGAACUAAGGACAAUGCUGAUGAUGGAUGUUUACCUCAGAACAUGAUGUAGGUUUUAUUCCUAUCCUAUGUUAUUUACAACAAUGAGGAUUUUCUAAAAUGGCAAUCCACGAGGUGGCAGCACCGAGUCGUCAGGUCCAAUAACUGUCAAAGUGCUUAUCUUUACUAUGAAUAGUGAACGAUUUUAGUGUUUUUUUUAUUUUAUAAUUAAAGCACUGCAUUAUUGUUUUACUAUUGCGGUUGAGUAAAUAAAAAAAACUAAAUCAUAUUGUGUUAACAAAUUUUUCAACAAGCUUUUCCUUAGUGCCAGUGACUUUUGCACCUUCUCUCUUAGCUCAAUUUUUAGUUCGGAAACCUUAUUCUGACCGUAGUCCAUAAUAAAAUCAAUAACACUUCCAAUAUAACAGAAUUUCAAUAAACAAUAAGUUCAGCACCUACAAUUCCAUACUAUUUGACAGCUGUUUGGACCAGACGCAUACGUGGCGCCACCCGGUGGCAGAAAAAAAUUCAAAAACCCUCAUUGGGGUGUUGUCUGAUAUGAACUGGGAAUAGUUUGUCAAGCCUGAUGUGCUGGUCACACUUUUGCAAGCGAAGGCAUAUUGAGCCGUCUGAGGUGAUUAGACUGGUUGUAAAUAUUUGUGGGUGAAAUGAGUUUGAAUAUCUCAACAGACUGAGUUAUUGUAACUUGUAGCUGUAAGUUUAAUAUUAAAAAAACUUUGUUUAAA